AUGGCUGAGCCUCGCCAGGUCUGCUCAAGCUGCCGGGUUGAGAAGCCUUUACAUCAGUUUAAGAGUAAAACUGGCAAUCGCACACUAAAAACAUGCUCUGCGUGUUGUGACAGAGUACAAGGUCAUCGAAUUGCUAAAAGAAAGAGCAAUGAAGCGGACGUUUCUGAGCCUCCAGUUGAAGAAACUCACGUUCCUCACUUUAUGCGGCCAACUACUGCUUCCCUCCGUCGACUCGCACCGCAACGCGUACCUGCUCAGCAGUUACAGCAGCAGAUAAUUGAGAAUAGUCAACAAGUUUCUUCCUCAUCGCCUACUCCAUCAUAUCACCACCGCGGUGUCAACUCGCAAGAUACGCCGCGUCAUGCAGAGGCUCGUCGUCGUCAAGCACAGGAUCAACGAGCUCAUCGUGCAGCCCGACGUGCUGGAGAGGAUGUUCAACCAACACAGGAUUUAGAGGCAUAUAUUGCUAACCAGCAAGAGCAAGAUAUUCCUCAAUCUACUCAGCAACCUCUACCAUCUACUCCACAGGCAAGCCAGUAUCCUUCAACCCCGGACCCUCUAAUGGCUAUUAAUACGAAUGUUUUCUCUACACCCGAUCCCCUCGUCUUUGUCUCGAAUCCGCCAGACAGUCCUGCUUUACGUAGGAUAGCUUCUGGUGUAAGUGCGACAUCUUCGACACCAGACCCUCUAGCUAUGGACGUUAGUGGCAGAUCCACACCUUUCCUGGGACGGAUUUCUAGCUUCGCUCUUCUACCAUAUCGAGGACGUUCUCGAAGACCCUCCAGUCUACAAUCUACACCACGUCGGCCCCUUAUGUCGAAUCAUUUUGUGUGCAAUACCUGCCAAACUCCCCGUCAUCUUAGCCGUCGAAUUGCAAAUGGCCUGGACAUCUGUGAAUACUGUCAGGACUCAAGCAUACCGUUUGAAGACCAGUAUAAGUUCUGUGUUAGUUGUCAACGAGAUAUUCCUAUUACUGCAUUCUUUGACGACAAAUCCUACGAACACGCUCACUGUAACCCAUGUCGCGCCAGCUCUGUGACCCAAGCUGAGACUGACCCUUCUUAUGCUGAAGAACGUCCCGAACAAGACCCUCCUUACGUUCCCGGCGAUCCCGACGCCCUCCUCCAAUCUGCCCUUACAGAAACUGAUUGGGAGUACGUUACAAAUUUCCACCAGUCACUGAACCACCAGCAACUCGAGUUCUGUCAGCGUUGUUGUGAGAGAUGGUUUAAUCUCCGAUUGAAUUCUCAAGGGAUCUGUGAUCGUUGCAUUCGUGUGGACAAGAGUAAGGAUAUCCAUCUUUUCAGUGCCGCGAAUAACCUGCAUAUAGGCCAAAUGCCCGAUCUACCCGAGUUAUCCCAGACAGAGGAGAUGCUUAUUGCUCGCGUACAUGUUUCUGUUCAAUAUAGUGGACAUGUUGUUAACUUCUUGAGAGACACUGCACGGGUUUAUGACACCCUACCGCUGAUUCCUCAGAAUUUGGAGGUCAUUCUCCUCUGCCCAGCUAAUACUGAUGCCGAUCCAAGACUUCAACGCCAGUUCAUAAACGACUUUCGUGUGCGAAGGGAAUGUAUUACCAAGUGGCUGGCCUUUCUACGGUCAAAUCAUCCAGGUUAUCGCGAUAUUACAAUCUCACAACAAGCUAUUGAUUUUCUUCCGCGAGACAGUAGUGUGGCGAAUGACAUCUUCAGUCAAAGUAUUGAUCCCGUGGAAAUCGAUUUGAAGGACGUGUCUGAUGAAGUCGAGAUUCCUGAACAUUGUGCCGUUCCUGAUCUAAUCGCACAGGAAGAUGAGAUCACCGCAAUCAGGGAACAGCUCCAACCCCAGUUUAAUGAGUACGUCAAGCACUUAAUGAGAUUUGAUGACUAUCGGUUCGCACGUCAUCCUCGCCUUCGUUACGUCGUUUUCAACACAAUGAUGCGACAGCAAGCAAACACAAAAGCAGGAUUCUUCGUGAAGCAAAGAACAGCUGGGGGUCAGGAAAUUACAGCAGAACAAUUACGUGCUGCUUUUGAGGAGGACACCCCAGAAGGUGACGCACUGAUCAAUUCAAUCUCACGUCGCUCAGGAACGCUUCGUGGCACGCGGCCAUUCUGGACUAAUAAACAUCAACAACUCAAAGCUAUGGUGCAUAAUCUCGGACCAGCCCAUCUCUUCCUAACACUAUCUGCUGCAGACCUUCAUUGGGAUGACCUCAUGAAGCUUAUGCCUCGUUAUCAAGAGUGGCAGCAAGGAACAUCAUCGGAACGUAUUAAGAUCUCACGCGAGAAUCUACGCGAGAAUCCGCAUAUUGUGGCGAAUUGGUUUCAUAUACGCUUUGCUGCUUUCCGCAAGGAACUUUUGGAUAAGAAGUUCAAAGUGAAGGACUAUUGGUAUCGAUAUGAAUGGCAGGGACGAGGAUCUGUUCAUGUUCAUAGUCUAUACUGGCUUGAAGAUGCUCCUAAGUCAGAAAUUGCGCAACUUUCAGAACCAUUCAGGCAGGCAUUUACGGAUUUCUGGAGUGCGCGCAUAUCUGCUCUCAAUCCUCAGCCAGGAGUCAUGGUGAAUGUCGGAAAUGAGCGUUCUCCUUUGCAACUCGCUUUUGCUGACCAGCGCAAUACUGUUCAAUAUCUUUCACAGAUUUCAAACAGCGUUCAACGUCACACACGUUCCAACAGCUACUGCCUUCGGAAGGAAAAGGGAUCUAAUCAGGUUUCAUGCCGCUUCCACUUCCCCCAUUCUAUCCGGAACGAUGCUGCUGUUGAGAUUGCGCCAGGUCACCAUUUCUACUGUUUCUAUCCAGUACGCAACGAUCCCAUGAUGAACAGUUGGAAUCGUUGUAUAUUGAUGGCAUGGUUAGCAAAUAUUGACAUUGCACCCUGUACUGGCACUGAAGCUCUGUUAGAAUAUAUUGCCAAAUAUGCCACUAAAGCUGAAAAGAAAACGGAAUCCUACAGUGAUCUUAUGAAAUCAUUUUUACCAAGAUUGAACGAGAAAAACCCUUUCUUGUCCGCAGUCAGUAAAAUGAUGAAUCAUUUGAUCGGAGAACGAGACUGGUCGGCUCAAGAGGUCUUACAUUUACUACUUGAUUUACCACUUCAAGCAUCAAGCCGGAUUACGAUAACUAUGGAUUGUCGGCCGGAGACUGAGCAGCCAGCCAAUUUUGCCAAUACCGAAGAUGCAGAUGAUAGAGAGACAUUACGUCGAAGUCUUUCGCCCCUCGAUAAGUACAAGAAACGCCCAUCUAUUUUUGACCAUGUCACAUAUUUUACUUUUCUUCGGACAUAUGACUUCGGAAGUGUGAAGAAUAUGUAUGAGCGAUCAACCGCGGAAAAACGAGUCAUCAACUACUUCCCCAUCUAUGAUUCUGAAAAACAGCCAGGCGACUAUGCGCGUGUGAAGCUUAUGCUCCAUCAUCCAUUUCGCGUGAUGCAAGAUUUGUUGACUAUCGACAAUAACUCGUUUGGGUCAUAUGCAGAGGCUUACGAAUACUGUAAAAGCGCAUGUUCCCAUGAGAAUGACUUUUAUGGAGAGAAGCUUAUUCAACCAGACCCCACUCAUGAAGAUUCUGACGACGAGACUGAUAAUGAGAUCCCAGGCUCUUGGGAGGCUCUUGCUCGCCAGCUUCCACAUCGCGAUGAUGCAACUCGGCUUGAGGAUCCUGAUCUUCUUGGUGAUCGAACAAUUGAUCGGGAAAUGGACUGGUCAUCUCAUAUUGGGAGCCAUAGCUACAUCCAUACAGAUUUUUGGGCUACUAUGAAGGAAGAGUUUCCUCAUCCACCAACAGUUAGAUCAUCUGCCUCACCAGAGGAUCUAGAAGUGCAGCAACGCCAUCUUUACGAUCUAGUUAUCAACCACUAUGAACAGGAUCUCACUGGACAAGCUCCAUCUCAACUGCUCAUCAAUCUCGAUGGGAGAGCUGGAACUGGAAAGUCUCAUGUCAUCAUGCUUAUUACAACCACUCUCGACCGAAUGGCUCGUAACGCUGACAUCAACACCUCUCCAGUUAUGCGUGCAGCACCCACUGGCGUUGCUGCCUAUAACAUCAACGGCCGUACUCUCCAUUCACUCUUUCGGCUGCCCAUUGCGAGAGGUAGAAUGGCUGACUUGACUCCUGAGAAUUUGCAGGCAAUGCAAGCAAAUCUCCGUAAUGUCAAAUGGCUAAUUAUUGACGAAAAAUCAAUGAUUGGUCUCAAGCAAUUGUACUGGGUUAAUCUACGCCUACAGCAGAUCUUCCCAACACCGGAGUCUGAAUCUGCUCGUCCAUUUGGAGGUUUGAACGUGAUUCUAGCUGGGGAUUUCUAUCAACUACCUCCGGUUGGCCAGCGACCUUUGUAUUUCAACAAAAAGCUGGACACAAUGGAAGAGAUUCAUGGACACUCUCUCUACCUGAAGUUCGAUGUCACGGUUGAACUCGAUGUAAUUCGACGCCAGGAUGAUACCGAUCAAGAUGCUACAAGCUUCCGACAGGCGUUAGAGAAUCUCCGAGAAGAUAAUCUCCAGUUGGCCGAUUGGAAACUUCUCUGUACUCGGGUUAAGGCUACUGUCUCCCCUAAUGAGAUCGAUACUUUCAAAGACGUCCUUCUAAUCUAUUCCAAGAAGGUCCAGGUUCAUGAAUUCAACCACAACCGCCUACGAGAUAUUGGGAAUCCUGUACUUCGAAUCAUGGCAACUCACCAGGGUCUCAAUGCGGAGAAGGCAUCCACUGACGACGCUGGGAAUCUCCACGCUGAGAUACAUCUCUCUAUUGGUUGCCGUAUUAUGCUACUUGAGAACAUUUGGACAGAUUAUGGGCUUGUGAACGGUGCUUUUGGGACAGUGCUAGAUAUUGUUUGGGAAGCUGGCACUACCAACCCUCGACAGACACCACCUUUCGCAUUAUUGGUUCAUUUUGACUCUUACAAUGGACCUGCUUGCUCUCUAGUUGAUAAUACGCCUGUUGUUCCAAUUUUCCGGUCAAAACGAGAUUUUAUGAUUAGCAACAUCAACUGCUCACGGACGCAGUUUCCAAUUACAGUUGCCUAUGCUAUGACAGUCCAUAAAGCCCAAGGAAUAACUAUUGGUCGAGCAGUACUCAAUAUUACGGACCCUGAUUUUCAACUUGGGCUUACUUAUGUGGCUCUAUCCCGUGUAAAGAGACUGAGUGGUCUACUAUUUGAGGAGAGCUUUGACUAUGACCGUUUUGUCAGGAAAAAGCCACAUCCUACAAUGGUUAUGAGAAAGGAAGAUGGCCACCGUCGUCUGGAGCAGCACAUUGACUAUGUUCCUCUCCCUGGUCCAUUACCUUCUCAACCAAGCCAAUUAUUCCAGGCAUUCUUACCAAUACGUACAUCAUCGCCACUGAGAGGCUCCUCUAUGGCACCUCAUGUCUCGUCUCAAACCCCCCCAGGAGAUGAGAUCCUAGAGGAUAACAUUGCGUGA